AUGCCGCCGCCGCGCCGAUACCGCGCCGCCACCGCGCCUCUACGCUGUGUGUACGUUCGCGACCGUACCGCCCCCGCGCCGACGCCGCACCGCCACCGCGCCGCCAUUCGCCACUGUGUGUCCGUGCCGAUAACUAACCACCUCGAGCUUCUUGGUAUCACCUUAACGCCUACUCUGAACUUUGGUUCCUUCAUUGAAUCUAAAGCCCAAGUAGCCUCAAAAAAGCUUGGAAUUCUGGCGAAGGUGAGACAGUAUUUCAGCCCGGGACAGUUGCUCAACCUUUAUCAAGCACAAGUCCGAUCGUGCAUGGAAUACUGCUCUCACCUCUGGGACGGUUCCGCCAAGUACCAGCUGGAGGCGCUUGAGGCGAUAGAGAGGCGUGCCAAGAGGCUCAUAAACGACGAUGACCUAGUAGGCAAAAAGCUCCAGAGCCUCGGUCACCGCCGCAGAGUGGCCAGCUUAUCGGUCUUCUAUCGGAUACACUUUGGAGAGGUGAAGGUUGUUUCUAAAUCGGUUCUCUUGCGGGAAUAA